CCUGGAAUUCCGGGCGGGUAGGGCGCCGUGGGAUGAGGGCUGCGGGCCGGGCGGACCCGGCGCCGUCAGGCCGUGCACGGAUGAUCGAGCGCCCUCGAAGAGAUCGGCGAGCACCUGCAGGCAGACGCUCUGGACCCUGGGGGGCCUGUGUGAAAAGCUGGGGCUGCAGGAUGAGGGACGCGUCCGGGUCAGGAGGGUGAAAAUGAAAGCAGGCUGUAGCAUCGUGGAAAAGCCUGAAGGAGGUGGAGGGUAUCAGUUUCCUGACUGGGCCUAUAAAACCGAGUCAUCACCAGGCUCCCGGCAGAUCCAGCUGUGGCACUUCAUCCUGGAACUGCUGCAGAAGGAAGAGUUCCGCCAUGUCAUCGCCUGGCAGCAGGGAGAGUACGGGGAGUUUGUCAUCAAGGAUCCAGAUGAGGUGGCUCGCCUCUGGGGCCGCAGGAAAUGUAAACCUCAGAUGAACUAUGACAAGCUGAGCAGGGCUCUCAGAUACUAUUAUAACAAGAGGAUCCUUCAUAAAACAAAAGGGAAAAGAUUUACUUAUAAAUUUAAUUUCAACAAACUGGUGAUGCCCAACUACCCAUUCAUCAACAUUCGGUCAAGUGGCGUGAUUCCUCAGAGUGCGCCACCAGUGCCAACGGCCUCUUCCCGGUUCCAUUUCCCACCUCUGGACACCCAUUCUCCUACUGGUGAUGUACAGCCAGGGCGAUUCUCAGCUAGCUCCCUGACUGCUUCUGGCUCUGAGUCAGGCAGUAGCUCUGAUAGAAAGGUGGAGCCUUCGGACCUGGAGGAUGGCUCAGCCACUGACUGGCACCGGGGUGUAGAUUUCAUGCCCUCCCGGAAUGCUCUUGGAGGAGGGGUCAGCCACCAGAAACGGAAGCCUGACAUAAUGCUUCCUCUGUUCUCUCGGCCAGCGAUGUACCCUGACCCCCACAGUCCCUUUGCUGUCUCUCCGGUUCCUGGCCGUGGAGGUGUCCUUAAUGUCCCCAUUUCACCAGCCCUCUCCCUGACUCCCACAAUCUUCUCCUAUAGUCCCUCACCAGGCCUGAGCCCCUUCACCAGCAGCAGUUGCUUCUCCUUUAACCCAGAGGAAAUGAAACACUACCUUCAUUCUCAAGCCUGUUCAGUAUUCAACUACCAUCUAAGUCCCCGGACUUUUCCCCGUUACCCAGGCCUCAUGGUCCCACCGCUGCAAUGCCAAAUGCAUCCUGAGGAUUCGGCUCAGUUCUCUAUUAAACUGCAGCCCCCGCCUGCUGGACGGAAGAACAGGGAGAGGAUGGAGAGCAGUGAGGAGUCCACACGUGUGUCUGCACCAACCAGCGUUCCUGUUCCCUCUCGAAUUAAGGUGGAACCCACCUCUGAGAAGGAUCCUGAGAGCCUCAAGCAAUCCCUAAAGGAGGAACACCCUUCAGAGCUGGGCAGCCUGCAGAUCAGGACCAUAGAGGAGGGGAAAGGCACGGUCUUUGCCCAACCCUCUGCCCCACCCACCUGGCCCUCUGUCCCUGUUGGUAUCCCUGGUGAUGAACCCCUAGAAGUGAAUGAAGACAGUGAGGACAGGUCUGACAAAGAGCCCAGUGCACCCGAGAAGAAGGAAGAUGCCCUGAUGCCCCCUAAGCUUCGAUUGAAGCGGCGUUGGAAUGAUGACCCCGAAGCCCGGGAGCUGAGUAAGACUGGAAAGUUCCUCUGGAAUGGGGCAGGACCCCAGGGCCUGGCGGCAGCAGCAGCUGCUGCCGAUGCUUAAAAGUGGAAAGGGAGAUGUUGAUACUACAAUCAGAUACAUACAUGUAUUUAUGUAGCAAGAUUCGGGGGGGUUAAGCUGGUUUGCUCAUCGUGAGGUAUAGACUUGUACUUUUGGGUUGGGGUGGGAUAGGUAUCUUUUGUUGUAAAUUAGGUGGGGUAUGAACACUUUAUUUUUCCUGGUGGUAGGACAUAGGGAGGGUAUUGAACUGAAGAGGGAAGGAGCCUGUUUCCUGUUUUGAGGCUUAUGCUUCCUGACAAGGAAACUCCAUACGGGCCCACUACCUUGUAGUUCCUUGACAGUUCCAAUUCCACAGUUCUCUUUUCUAUUGUAUUUAUACAUAGAAAACCAAUAAUGGGUUUAUUUUGCUUUAAGAGAGAUGAGUUAAAGAGAAAGGGUUAUUAUGGCUAUAAGGUUGGGCAGGGAAGAUGGAUUAAUGAGUAUUUUGUCUGGAAUAUUUAUUGCAGGGGAGGAAUAAGAUAACUCCAGUCUUACUGGAGUACAGACGUUCAAAUGUUUUCGCUCUCAUUUUUUUUCCCCUUUUUAUAAAUUGUUUUCAGGACACAUGAGUGUACUGCCAGUUAUAAUGAGCAGGGAGGGCACAGGAGCUACCCCUCAGCUGCAGGGUUGAGGUGAGAAGCAAACCCUACUGCAAGUUCCUUGGACUUUGACCUACUUCACCUACUAAGAAGCCAUGAGGAGUUGUAAACUCUUGAUCAGGGAAGAAAGAAGAGGACAGGAGGAAGUAACCCAAUGCCUUUAAAACAAAGCAGAUGACAGAAAUGCUCUUCAUUUUCCUUUUUCCAUUGUGGGUUUGGGAAGCCAAACCAAAUAUGACUGAGCAAGUUUUCUGAGAAGCAGGACAGUGCUAUUGGAGAUGUUUUCCAUUGUGUCUGGUUCUCUUAGCAUUUUCUUAAGUCGAGCCUUAACUAUGAACAUAGUUUAAGAUGAUACGGGUCGGUCAACAUAAACCUGUAAAGGGCACAGGCACACUGUUCAGAUAACCCAGGAAUGCUGAGACAUGGUUAAAUUCCGAACUAAUAGUCAUUCCCUCUUGAUGUUACUGGGAUGGGUGGCAAAAAGGUGGGAUUGUGGAGAUGAAACAGAAAGUAGCUGAGGGAACAAGGGUUUUUUGGAAC